CCAACGGGACGCAGCCCCACGCGCUCCUCCACUCCCCCCGCGACACACGCGUACGGACGAACACCUCGCCGACGAAGAAUCCAGCCACCCUGCUUGCUCCGGCGACCGAGAGAGAGAGAGAUGAAGCUGCCGGGGCGCCUACUCGCCGCCGGCGCGGCCGCGCUGCUGGUGGCGGCGUCGGUGAUGGUGGCAACGCUGCUGACCACGCCGCUGCCGUUCCUGCCGUCGCUGCCAUGCCUGCCCGCGGUGACCGCGCCCUCGGGGUCCGGGUACGAGGCCGCCGGCGUGGCGGCGCUCGCCGACGCCGCCGUGCGGUACGCCACCACGGCGACCGUGCCGCAGCAGUCGCGCGCGGAGAUCUCCCUGUCGCUGGCCGUGCUCCGGCGCCGGGCGCCGCUGCGGCUGCUGGUGUUCGGCCUGGGCCACGACUCCAGGCUGUGGCACGCGCUCAACCCCGGUGGCGCCACCGUCUUCCUCGAGGAGGACCCCUCCUGGUACCGCGUCGUGCGCGGCCAGUCGCCGUUCCUCCGCGCCCACCUCGUCGCCUACCGCACGCGGCUCGACCACGCCGACCUCCUCCUCGACUCCUACAAGCACUACCCGUCCUGCCUCCCCGGCGGCGGCGGCGACGGCGUCCCGCGCGUCCGGGGCAACGCCGACUGCCCUCUCGCGCUGCACAACCUGCCCGCGGAGGUGUACGAGCACGAGUGGGACAUGGUGAUGAUCGACGCGCCCAAGGGGUACUUCGCGUCGGCGCCCGGGAGGAUGGCCGCCGUGUGGACGGCGGCGGUCAUGGCGCGCGGCCGCCGCGGCCAGGGCGACACCGACGUGUUCCUCCACGACGUCGACCGCCACGUCGAGAAGGCCUACGCCCAGGAGUUCCUCUGCGACAGGUUCCGCGUCGGCGGGACCGGCCGCCUCUGGCAUUUCAGGAUCCCGCCGGCGUCGCGCCGCGGGAACGGCACGGCGGCCGGCGCCGGCGCCGGCAGCGACGGCAAGAGGCCCUUUUGCUAAGGAUUGCGCUUUUCCGAGGGGCCUUUUUGCAAAAUAGCCACAAAAUAAACAGGUGAAAAUUACAAAAUACAUAGGAAUUUGCCGGGUUUCCUCUCCUCUGCCGUGCAAAUUCAAACGCAGGAUAAUCAAGUUUGAGGUAAAAUUUCUCGAUUUUUCGCUUUCGUUUGAAUUAAUGGAGAUAAAGAUUAGAGAGGUGAUUUGAAUCCUGAGAUCACUAGAGUUGGUGUGAACAGCACGAUGUGCAUCACUCUCAAAUUUGUAAUGGAAGUAAGCAGAUGAGCUUGUAUGUUGUUUUCUCUUUCAUUUUUUUUGUAUGAGUACAUACAGAAUUUUCAAUAAAGUCCGUACACCAGGUUAACAAUUGA